GCGGAAGUGUACUGUCUCCCCACUUGUUUUGGUCCACUCGCUUGCUGUCAUGCUGCAGCUCAAUGACUCCGAUACCAGCCCGGCAGCCACUCUGUCACCCGAAGGCGCUGAGGUGGCCGAGGUCCAGCUGAGCCCGGAAAGGGGAGCCUUCGGGACCACGCCCUCUAAUUAUUCCGUGCAGUCUCUGCACUCUCUCACCGUGCACAACCCCACGCACCAGGCCAGAAUCAAAGAGUUCUUCGUAUUCAGGCCUGGGAAUCUUGAACAAGCAGUAAAUGAUAUACGCAUGGUUGUGCUUCCAACAGAGGAUGGAGAGAUCCAGAGUGUUUGGCUACUUACAGAAGUUGAUCACUGGAACAAUGAAAAGGAACGGCUGGUUCUUAUUACUGAGCGAACACUAUUAAUUUGCAAAUAUGAUUUCAUCUGCAUGGAGUGCCAGCAAGUCAUCCGAAUAGCUCUCAAUGCUGUGGACACCAUCUCCAUAGGAGAAUUUGAGUUUCCUCCAAUGUCUCUAAACAGACGUGAAGGAACAGGAAUUCGCAUUCUGUGGAGUACACGGCGCUUCUCUUUCAUGAACAAAUGGAACCCUUGGACCACCAAUAUGCCCUACGCUACCUUUAUAGAACACCCGAUGGCACAUGCAGAUGACAAGGUCAUGCCACUAUGCAAGCUGGAGGACUUCAAGACCCAGCUGAUUCAAGCUGUGAAGAAAGCUCACAAGCAAAAUCCAGUUCAAGGAAAAGCGAAUGGUGUGCUGGUGCUGGAGCGCCCUCUUAUGAUUGAAACUUACUUGGGGCUCAUGUCUUUGAUUAACAAUGAGGCCAAACUAGGAUACGCCAUGUCAAGAGGCAAAAUUGGAUUUUGAGCAGCCACCGAUGUUCAGCAAUGUGUGUGUGCUGCGACUGCACUGGAACCUGAACUGUUUAUUCUCUGCAUGUAAUGUUCAUUAUGUACAAGCCAAGAGAACUUUGUUUCUGCCUGAACUGUAACCUCUGUAAAGGCUCCUUGUGUUUGUACAGGUGGUGGGGCUGCGCUGUUACAUGCGAUCAGUUAUACAAACGUACUCCUUUAAUAUGGACCGUGUAUGAGGACCAUGAAAGAGUCUGUCUGAGAAAAGAUACAGUGUCAAGCGACAUUAACCUGCUCUUUAGUGCAGAAUUAUGUUGCCUUAAAAAUUCUAAUGUAAGAAUACUGAGAAGACUCUCAGACCAUAAAAGAAAUGUUACUUCUUACUCUCCUUGUAACGUCUAAGAAAGCCGAAAUAUAUUCCACCCUUGUUUUCUCUCUCAGCAGAUUUGUGUAAUGCACCUUCUUGCCAAAACUCAGUGUAUUUGUUGUGUAUAUGUAACAGUCGUAUAUAUGGUGAUGAUUUGAGUAUCUCAUAUCUGCCAAAGCACAAUGACUAAUUGCAUAACACUGCUUCUAAAUUAAUAACAUAUAUGACAAGUAUUUUUAUGUUGCACCUAAUCGUUACUCAUUAAAAGCUUCCUGAUUCCCA